AUGGCUGCAGCUCUGAUAUUAACACGGUAUGCAAUAGCUAAAGAUGAGCCAUGUGAUGAAGAUGGAAACACUUGCAAAAAUGGAGCUACAUGUAUAAAAGUAAAACAAAAGGCGAAAACACAAAAUCUAUGCAUAUGUAAACCGCAGUUCACAGGAUGGGACUGCUCAGUACCUUUGGAUUUUUGUAAAACACACUGUAAAUCAUAUAGAAAAGAUAUAUCGUGCCAACAGGCAUUAUGUAACCAAGGCACAUGUGUCAAUAGCCAAGAAUACCCAUACUACACUUGCAAUUGCGGACCAUUCUUCUCAGGACAAAACUGUGAAAUGGAGUAUAACCCAUGCAGCCAACAGGCAACGAAUCCGUGUGAUCAUGGAACAUGUCUAUUCAUAAGAGGAACAAACCAAGUAAUCUGCCAGUGUCACACAGGAUGGACAGCUAACCUAAACCAACAAAUCAUGAAACUCACUUGGAACGGGACAGAUAUAUUCGUAUCACCGCCAUGCACGGAACCUGUUAAAAGAGGUAUCACAGGAGCAGCGCCGAUACUCACACCAAAAACCAAAGCCGUAUGGUAUGUCAUAUUCAUUCUAUCAUUGGCGCUACUGCUAUGGAGACUAGCCGCUGUUAUACACGCGGCUAUCGCAAAAAUAACAAAUAACACACAAUGA